AUGGCGUCUUUCUUACUAAAAGUAUUGUUUGCAUUAUCAAUGCUCGUUUUACAUACUCAAGUGCGCAUUCAUGCAUUCAUGUCGUCAUCACAUGUGAAGUGCAUAGAGAGGGAGAGAGAGUCACUUCUCAACUUCAAACAAGGUCUCACAGAUCGUUCUGGCAUGCUGUCCACAUGGAGGGAUGAUGACAGUAACAGAGACUGCUGCAAAUGGAGAGGCAUUCAAUGCAACAAUGAAACAGGUGACGUACGGAUUCUCGAUCUUCGUGGUUCCAAAAUUCAUUUUUUGACAGGUUCAAUCAGUCUUACUUCAUUGAUUGACUUAACAAACAUGGAAUAUUUGGAUCUUAGCAAUAAUUUUGAUUAUAGUAGAACGCAUCUUCCUCAGCACAUGGGCUCCUUCAAAAAAUUAAGAUAUCUCAAUCUAUCAAAUGUGAAUUUUUAUGGGAGGAUUCCUUAUGAACUGGGAAAUCUGUCAAAGUUGCAGUAUCUUGAUCUGAAAGGAAAUUCUCUCAAUGGACCAAUCCCUUCUCAACUAAGGAAACUUGCAAGUUUACAAUAUUUAGAUCUAAGUGACAAUUAUUAUCUUGAAGGAGAAAUUCCUUAUCAGCUAGGAAACCUCUCACAGUUGAAGUAUCUUAAUUUUGGGUUUACAUUACUGUCUGGAUCAAUCCCUUUCAAGGUUGGAAAUCUUCCUCUCUUGCAUUCUCUUAGACUCGGUGGCAAUUUUGAUCUAACAGUUAAUGGUGCAAAAUGGCUAUCUUCUCUCUCUUCAUUAACAACUCUUGGUUUGGAUUCAUUGACUAAUCUUGCUUACUCUCGUCACUGGCUACAAAUGAUCAGUGAGCUUAUUACAAACUUGAGAGAGUUGAGUCUAGUCCGAUGUAAUCUUUUAGAUAACAAUGUUUCAUCUUUGUUUCCUUCUCAUACCAACCUUUCCACUUCUCUUUCCAUCCUUGAUCUCUCUGGUAAUAUGUUGACGUCAUCAACAAUUCAAUUGUUGGUCAACCAUAGCCAUAAUCUUCAAGAGCUUUAUUUUCGUGAGAAUAAUGUUUUCUCCUUUCCUUAUUAUCUGAACUUUCCUUCUCUUGUGGUCCUUGAUCUCUCUGUCAAUAACCUCAUAUCAUCAACGAUUCUAGGAAAUUUCAACUUCAGCUCCACACUACAAGAACUUUAUCUGGUACAAUGCAAUCUUGCUGAUGAAAAUUUUCUUGUUCCAUCUGCUUCCAUAGGCAAGUCUUCAACUUCUCUUGUCACCCUUGAUCUCUCCUUUAAUGCAUUGAAAUCUACUACCAUAUUUCACUUGAUUUCCAACUUCACCACCAAUCUUCAUGCACUUUCCCUUAACGGUAAUUUGUUAGAAGGUCCCAUUCCAGAUGGAUUUGGGAAAGCAAUGAACUCUCUUGAAGUUGUUUCCCUUUCCUACAACAAACUGCAUGGUCAGAUCCCAGCAUCCCUAGGAAAUAUAUACACACUACAAGAGUUACACCUUAGAAGUAACAACUUGAAUGGGAAAAUUUCUGGCCUCAUUAGAAACUCUUCAAUGUUGUCAUAUUUGAGGCUAUUAGAUGUCUCCAGUAAUAGGUUAACUGGAGAAAUACCAGAAAGCAUUGGGCUGCUGUAUGAGUUGGAGAUUCUUCACCUGCGGGAGAAUAACUUCGAGGGUGAUAUAUAUGAAUUUUAUUUUACAAAUUUGUCCAAAUUGAUGGAUUUAGACUUAUCACACAACUCAUUGUCGCUAAAGUUCUCUACAACCUGGAUUCCACCUUUCCAAUUAUUUAAUUUGGAACUUGCUUCUUGCAAGUUGGGUCCUAGUUUUCCAAAUUGGCUCCUGAAUCAAACUUCCUUAAGCUUUCUAGAUAUUUCUGAUGCUGAGAUUGAUGACUAUGUACCAGUUUGGUUUUGGAACAAGUUACAAUCUAUAAGUACUUUGAACAUAUCUUACAACAGUCUCAAAGGUAUAAUCCCAAAUUUAUCAAUCAAGCUUACCAAGGCAGACAGAAAUACAGUAAUUCUAAAUUCUAAUCAACUUGAAGGUGGAGUUCCUACUUUUUUUUCACAAGUUGGCUCCUUGGAUCUUUCCCAAAAUAUGAUUUCAGAUUUGGAUGGAUUUGUAUGUGGAAAAGGAGCAACUGCAAACAUCAACAUACUGGAUUUAUCAAAGAAUCAAAUAAUGGGACAAUUGCCGGACUGCUGGGAACGUCUAAGUUCUCUGGAAUUUCUUGAUCUAAGCAAUAAUAAUUUGUCUGGGAAGAUUCCAAAGUCAAUGGGUGAUCUUGUUAAUUUGGGAGCUUUGCUCUUACGAAACAACAGUUUAACUGGGGAGCUACCACUCACAUUGAAAAGUUACACUGAUUUAGAGACAUUAGACUUGAGCGAAAACUUGUUUCAUGGUCUAAUACCUUCAUGGAUCGGAGACAGUUUACAACACUUGAAAAUCUUAAGUUUGCGAUCGAAUCGCUUCUUUGGAAGUGUUCCAGUACAUCUCUGUCAGUUGAGGAAAAUUCUUGUUUUUGAUCUUUCAAGGAAUAACUUGUCAGAAGGAAUUCCAACAUGCUUGAAUAAUUUUACUGCAAUGAUGGACAGAACAGUAGUAAACAGAGCUGAAAUUAUAGAAGGUACUUAUGACUCUAAUGUGUUAUUGAUGUGGAAAGGUAAUGAACGCUUGUUUCUAAAUCCCGAGUAUCUUUUGAAGAGCAUUGAUCUCUCGAGUAAUGAUUUAUCAGGUGAAAUACCAAAAGAGGUUACAGAGUUACUUGGAUUGGUUUCUUUGAACAUAUCAAGAAAUAACCUAGAUGGGGAAAUUCCUUUUGACAUUGGGAAUUUAAAUUCACUAGAAUUUCUUGACUUAUCAAGGAAUCAUUUGCAUGGAAAAAUUCCUUCUUCUAUGGACAAAAUUGAUCGUCUUGCUGUGUUGAAUUUAUCAAACAAUGAUCUGAAUGGAAGAAUCCCUUGGGGAAGACAGUUGCAAACAUUUGAUGGCUCUAGUUUUGGAGGAAAUCUUGGUCUUUGUGGUGAGCAACUAAACAAAAGUUGCCCUGGAGAUAAUACAACAGCACUGCCUCAAGGAGCAGAAGUUGAUGAUGAAGACGAUGAAAAUUCAAUUUUCUAUGGAGCAUUAUACAUGAGUUUGGGAAUAGGAUUCUUCAUAGGCUUUUGGAGCUUAUUAGGGACAAUGCUACUUUGGCAACCAUGGAGAAUUGCUUAUGUGAGAGUCUUAAACAGACUGACAGACUAUAUACUUGUAGGGGUUGAAUUGAACGUAGCCAACUGCAACAAGUGGCUCAAAAGAUAACAGUUUUGGAGGAUUAGCUUCAAAUUUCAAUCUGAGAUGAAAGCUUCAUGAGUUGUUGGAUGUAGGAUAUGCAGUAUUGAGUUUACAAUGUAAAACAAAAUUUUCUCCUCCUUCUGUUUCUUCUGUUCCUUCUGCUAAGACUCUGCCUCCUACACUCAAGGGAUGAAUUGAAUCUCCCCAUCCAAUCUCAACAUGACAAGUUUAUUUUGAUCAAUGAAACUAAUAACAUCGA